AUGGCUUGGUUUAUUUUUAUUUUAUUAAUUAAUUUUUUAAAUUUUAUUUUUAUUAAUGCUGGUUCUCCUUUAAUUAUACCAGGCUUCUUAUAUUUUUUUUUAAAUUUUUUAAAAAUUAUUUUUAUAGAGCCGUGCCAGGAUGGGUUAUUCUACUACCAACACUACGCGGUUUACAGAUGUGUUGAUGGGCAUAAAAUGUUUCAAAAUUGCGUACCAUUAAAUGAACCUCAUUCACUAGCAAUCGCAAUUAAUUCAACUUUAAUAACUCCACAUUUUCGUUCUAUUUGUGUUCAAUAUGCUCCUGACAGUGUUCAAUUUUUACGAACACAUUGUGUUGAAGGGACCAGAUUUAUGAAGCCAAACACAAAUUUAGAAUUUUCAAAUCGCCGUGUUGAAUGUUUAUUUGAUCGAAAUAUUCAAACUCUUCGUAAAGUGGUUGUUCGAAAACGACUAUGCCGUCACAAAAAGGAUGCAAAGGUGGAAGAAAAUGUUCAUUAUAUUUGUAAAAACAAUGCUUAUUGGCCUGACUACUGUGUUGGUGCAGAUGCUUUAGACGGUUCUGAAAUACAAAUAAAAUUUGGGGAACAAAAAUCGGAUGGAAUUAAUUAUAUUUAUGAAUGUAAAAUAAACAAGGCUGCAACAACUACAACAACAAAUAUAACAACAGCAAUUACAACAAACAAGCGGUCAAAAAAUAAAAAGAAGAAGAGAAUACCUGAUGUUGUUAAUCUUGGACCGAUUAAAUGUAUUCAUUAUUUUAAUUCAUCAUCAAUACCAACUUUAAUUGAAAUUGGCUAUCAAUUGGAAUUUAUUGAAGGAAAUGUAAUUAUUUAUUGUUUGAACAAUUCUGGUUGGGCUAAGAAAUUGGUAGUUCCUUUAGCCCCUCAAGUCAGCGUUGAAUGUCUUUACCCUUUUGGAAGUCUAAACCUCUAUUCUUGCCAUGGAUUGAUUUAUAGUUGGUCUUUACUUAGUCAAAUUCAAUUGCUUGGAUGUGUUGACCCAAUGAAUUUACAGAAUUGGAUACCUUUGGGUAGCAACUAUACAAAUAUUGAUGGGGAUGUUUUGGAAUGCAGAAAGGAAGGAUUGGUUUAUGUCGGCUGCAAAAGCUCUACAGGAAAAUACUUAAAAAUUGGUGAAAAUGAAGGCAAUCCAAUUGGUGGUGGAAUUGGAAUAUUUGAAAAAUGUGAAGCAGACAAAGGAUUAAUUAAAUAUCACAAAUUUAAUUGCCUUUUUGGUGAUAAUAUUAUUUUGCCUGGACAUUAUUUUGUUUUGUCAGUUAAAGGGGCUAGCAAUUUAAAAUUGAGAAUUGCUUGUGAAAGACAACGCUUGUUUUUGGGAAAUGAAUUGAUUGAAAAUUUAAAUCAUAAAGCCUUUUGGUAUGUUCUUACUCACAAAGAUUGUAUUGAUGAUUAUGGAAGUAUCAUUCCACUGGAAUUUUGCAGACCAAGUGGAGUACAAAUUGAAAAGCCUAUUGGAUGCAAAUUUGGUUCAAAAAAUUUAUUACCAAGAGAGCAAAUGGUUAAUAGUCAAGAUAUACUUGAAUGUUUACCUAAUGGACAACUGGUUAAAAUUGGCUGUUAUUUGGAAUCUUUGAAUAUUACAAUGGCUUUAGGACAAAUUGAACCUUUACCCAAAAAUCACAAUAUUUUAAUUCAAUGCCAAAUUAAUUCUACUGGAAUAUCUUUUACAAAUGGAGUCAAAAAUUGUAUAAAAGAAGAAACUGGAGAAGAAUUUUUAUUUGGUUCAAAGGAUGAGGAUUCUGAUUCUAUUCGUGUAUGUACUCGAAAAAGUGAUUUGUCUAAUUUGCAUGGAGUGUGGGAAUUGACUCAUUGCCUUUUUGGCACAAUUAAAGUCCCUCGUGGAAGCUGCUUUUUUAAUAAAACAACGGAAGAAAAUAAUCAAAAUAAUUCUACUUGUAAUUUAAAUGAUUCAAAAGGUGUAUAUAAAUUAUGUGAACAGGACAAAAAUUUUAAACCAAUAUUUUUGGAUGCUUCUUUUGAAUAUUGCUCUCCAAGUCAAAAUAUAAAAGCAACAGAUUUAAAUGGACAAAUAAUAAAUACACAAAUUGAGGAGUUUAAACAAACAAGUUUUGAAUGUAAUUAUUCUGAUUGGAGACCCAAACCUUUACCUGUUGAAUUAGAAAAUGCUUCAGAAGAAGAAGAAAUUGAUGAAUAUAUUGAUGAUGAGGAAUAUUCUGAAGAAGAGGAAGAAGAAUUAAAAACAGCAGAAGAAAUUGAAGAAGUAGAGGAAGAAAAAGAAAAUAAAUUUUUAAAAAAACAAAGCAAAAUUCAAAAUAAAUUAAUGAUGGAAGAAGAAAUUGGAGGGAUUAGAAUAAAAGAUCCAACAUUGGAAGAAAUUGUAGAAGAAGAACAAAAUGAACUGUUGGAAGCUCCAAAAGAAGAAGAAAAUAAAACAAGCAAAACAUUUGAAGAAACAUUGUUGUUGGAUAAAUUUAAACUUGAAAACAUGACUACAACAACAUUAGCAACAAUAUUAACAACAACAAAACAAAGUUUGGAAACAACAACAGAAGAAAAUAAACUUGAAGCAACAACAACAGAAAACAAACUUGAAUAUUUGUUGGAAAUAAACAUGGAAAACAACAACAAACUUGAAACAACAACAGAACAAAACAAACUUGAAAACAUUAAUUUAACAACACAAACAUCAAAACGUUAUAUUCCAACAACAUCAGAACAAACACCAGAACAAACAACACAACAACAAACAAACACAACAAACAACAUGUUUGUUUUGUCUAAUGAAACAAUACUUGAAGAAUUUGAAGAGGAAAUAAUUGAAGAAUUGUCUACAAUAAAACCUUCUAUACAAGAAGGAAAGAAUUUAAACCAGAAUUUUGAACAAACAACAAACUUCAAAACAACAACACAAUUACCUCCAAUUUCAUCAGAAUUCGAAGAAACAUUUCAACUGGAUGAAGUUCGUGAAGAAGUUAAGCCUAUCCAAACAACAACUACAACAAAUGUUUUACUAGAAGGUUAUGUUGAGGAAAUAAUUUUAGAACAACAACAAACAACAACACAGCUUCCCUUGUUUUUGCUUCCAACAACACCAGAACAACAACAAACAUUAAUAAAUAAAUCAGAAACUAGCAGCAAUGUUUCAAUUGUUAAAAACAAAGAAGAGAUAGGCGACAACACAAAGAACGAUAAAAUAAUAAUUACUACUUUUUUUAAUACAGUGGAUGAGAAGAUAAUUCCUGCAGAAGUUCAACCUAUUCCACCUCCACCUACUUAUGAUUAUAAUAAAGAAUUGGAUGUGUUGGUAGAAUUUAAUUUGGAAAAGACGUUGAAGAGGAAGGAAUGUGAAGAUAAUGAAGAAAAUAAUAAAGUUUUUGAGUGUAAAAACAGACUUUCCGAACAUUUCUGUUCUGCUUUCAAGUCCAUGUGUCUUUUCCCAACUGGCGAUUCUGCUAUUCACUCAGUUGCUUUAAUCCAUACUCUUCAUUAUUUACGUCAUUUUAUUGGUGGAGGAAAUAUGAGGGCAAAUUUACGUUUCGCUGCAAAUUUUUUGGAAACUGGACUUGCACAAACACUUGUUGAUCGACAAGAAAUUAAUAGAAUGAUUAUUAAAAUUGGAGACCUACUAAACCUUUUCCCUUCUGAAGAUGAUUUGGCUGAAUUGUUACUUUCUGCUGAAGGAGGUCCCAUAAUUGAAAGAAUGCUUCAACUCAAAAAAGAAAGUGUUUAUCAAUGUGGAAUAUCUCGAAUAAAUUGUAAUUCUCCUACUACAAAUGAUCUUCCUUCAUUAACAAUUAAUUUGUCAAAAGUUUUGAAUUGCAAAAGAAAGUGGCAAAGCUGUUUAAGGGUGGCUAAUGCAAAAUUGGCCAAGGAAUUUGAACUUCUCCUUUGGCAUUUCCGCGCUCAACUACUCCCGUACCCUCAUGGAGCAAUUUGGCUGCUUUGUUCGAAAACUUGUGGUAGAUGUUUGCCUGUGGCCAUAGCUGAUGGAAAUAUUGAAAGCUGGAAGGAAGAAAAUCCAAAUUUAAUUGAAAUAAAUAAAUGAAUAU